UAUAUGACUCCAAAAGAAAAUUGCUUUUCUGUUGGGAUCAGUCUCACUGUACUAUGACAAAGUUCUCUACCCUCGAGAAGAGGGAUAAGCCCCUGGUUUUGAAGGAACUUAGGAAAUUGUGGGAUAAGCUCGAGCCUAAUCUUCCAUGGGAGAAAGGAGCGUAUAAUGAGUCAAACACUUUGUUGUUGGAUGAUUCUCCAUACAAAGCCCUUCGCAAUCCGGCAAACACUGGAAUAUUUCCCUAUUCAUACCACUAUAGAGAUGCCAAAGACAAUUCUAUAGGACCUGGAGGUGACCUGCGGGUCUACCUAGAAAGCUUAGCUUUGGCCGACGAUGUUAGGAAGUAUGUGGAGCAGAAUCCAUUUGGUCAAAGAGCAAUCACAAAUUCAAAUCCAUCCUGGAACUAUUAUAAGAGGGUGUUAGCUUCGCACCCACCUGAAGAUGCUACUUCUAUAUCGAAUGUUGGAUCAAGACAAACAACUUCCUCACCAAAAUCUGCCACGUGGAUGGACCGGGCUUUACCACAUAUUGGUGGUGAUCGAUAUGAUCCACUUUUUUGACAGGAUUGAACCCUC